AUUUUGAAAAUCCUGAACCAGAAGCAGCUCCGAUCCUCACUGUUAUCUCAACGCGGCGCUCGUCUCCUCCGUGGCAUCCCCGCUUCUCUCGAGUCCUCAGAUGUGCGGCUUCCACCGUCGGCAGCGGAGCCGGGGAUGUCGAGGCCCGAUUCGUGUUAACGGCACUCGUUAAUAUGAGGAUAAAGAGAUAAAAAAAAAGGGGGGGAAAAAAAACAACGACCUGUUUAAGUCCCAGUUAAGUUAAAAGAAGGUGGAGUGAUGAUGUUUGCUGUUGACUGAAGUCCAUUCCGAGCAACAAAAAUGAAGGGGAGGCUGCUUCGCGGUUUCCUUUCGGAAAUUUCGAUCCGGAUGGUGCUGUUAGGGGUGUUCCUUGUGACAGAGCAUCUUCCUCCUUUCUACCGUGAGAUCCAGUCAGAGGAGAUGUGGUUGUAUAAAUUCCAUCGUGUGGAGAGUGACCAUGUACCCACCUCUCUCAUGUUUAGCGUGGCAGUUUUCACCCCGCUGAUUGUAAUCCUGGUUUUCGCCAUCAUGAAGAAGUCAGAGCGAGGAGAUCUGAAAGAAGCCUCGCUGGCUGUAACUCUGACACUGGUGCUGAAUGGAGUUUUCACCAACGUCAUCAAGCUUGUUGUUGGCAGGCCGCGACCAGACUUCUUCUAUCGCUGUUUCCCAGACGGUCACAUGAACCUGGAACUGCGCUGCAGCGGUGACCCAGAUGUCGUCAUGGAGGGCAGGAAGAGCUUUCCCAGCGGACACUCAUCCUUUGCCUUUGCAGGUUUGGGUUUCACAGCUCUGUACAUCGCAGGAAAGCUGCGCUGCUUCAAUGCAGCGGGCCAAGGCAGGGCAUGGCGGCUGUGUGCCUUCCUCACCCCUUUACUGAUCGCGUCUGUGAUCGCCCUCUCCAGAACCUGCGACUACAAACACCACUGGCAAGAUGUACUAGUGGGUUCUCUGCUGGGUCUUGCCUUCGCCUGGCUAUGUUACAGACAGCACUACCCUCCACUUCAGGACCCCGACUGCCACAGACCUCUGCGUCACAGAGAGACUGUUCCUGCAGCACAGGAACGCAAGCUGGCCAACUCCAAUUACAUCCUACCCCUGUAGAACAGCUAACUGGAAAAUAUUCCAUAUUGUUGUAAUUUAUACUGGGUAACAUGGUAAUCAUCUAAUUCUGGCUUUCACACCCUAGGGCUGGGCAGUAUAUCAGUAUUUUUUGUUCACCGUCAAUCAUUGUAACUAUUAUGGGAAUUUUCUUUUUGUAAGGUGACACAUGGUUUUGUUUUGUUUUUUUUGUUUUGUUUUUGUUUUUGUCAACUGAAAUUACAAACUCAUUACUGAGUCAGAUUUCUUUCGAAUGGUUUCUGAAACACUUCAGAGUUGCUGAAAAUAACAACUCCAUUUUAAAAGUCCACCAACUACAGCGACAACCUGAAGUUUGUAUUUCCAAACCCUAAAAUUAUGUCGUAAGUUCCUGGAUGUUUCAAUACUGGAGAUCACGACAUUGUUUUCCAUGUGGCCCAGCCCGACACACCCUGUGUAUUGUGCCUAUAGACCACACGAUUUUAAAUACUCACAAAAGCUGAGCAGGUCAACUACACAACCACUGCACUAAUAGUCCACUGCCCAUCAAUCUGUGGCUCGGCUGCUGACACAGUUUCUCAUGUAGGGUCUUCUAUUUUUAUUGUUUUGUAAACUUGCAACUUUUUAAACAAGCAAGGUUGAGGUUUAAGGGAAACUGCCUGUAUAUGGUGUUUUUAAUUUCUUUGCAUGGAUGUUCAUUCUUGACCUCUAGGAACAAUAUAGCUCAAAAAUCCACCAACCAAUGAUUCAGAGUUUUCAACGACAUCUUACGGUCUCGAAGCUGGCUCAGAUGUCAUGGUGUGACCUAAAUGUGAAACGGCUCAGCGUGAGACUGAACGAACACCGGAAGCAGACAACAUCAGCUCUCUGGAAACACCAGACCAGCCACAGUAUUGACUGGGAAGAGCUCACAGUCAUUGACUAUGAGUCAGUGGAUGGCUGGAGAAGAAUUAGGGAGGCCACCUGAUGCCAGAGACCAAAACAAAGUUCAUGGUCAUCUGCCCUCAUUAAGCCAGAUUUUCUUUUUGCAGGAACGCACAGUACAUGCCCAGUUCGGCCAUAGUCUGAAAUUCGAGCAGUUGGGGUUAAAUGCCUUGCUCAAGGGCACUUCUGUGGCAGUAAUGAGGUAGGGGCCAGCACUGUUCUUUCGCUUACACAUAGAUUUAUCCUGCCGGUUCAGGGAUGGAACCAGUAGCCGCCCAGUCACAAGGCCCCCUUUUUAACCCGUAGAGGAGGAUACCGACCACCUGUUAUCACUGACUGAAAGUUCACAUUUAACGUCACAUGACGGCACACGAGCCAGCUUCAUUUGCUGAAGAAGACAGUGAGAUGCGAUGAAAAGCUCCAAAAUACGUGGACCUUUGAGCUCAGAUUUUCCUGACCUUAUAAUGCUUGAUUUUUUUUCAGAAGGAAAUGGGAAGUAAGAGGUGUUGAUACGGGCUGUUCAUAUCUGAAAGGGGUCGGUGACAAGGAUAAAAUCCUUUGGUCAUUGUAUAUGUUAUUGUAUAUCAUAUGUAUUUUGGUAAAUCCCUUUUCUGAAAAAAUAU